AUGUUUAUUAUAGGAGAGGCAAAACCAAGGAGGUGGAGAAAGAAGAACAAAGGAGAAGCAAGUGGGGUGAUGAUGAGGAAGAGAAAACUUAGUGAUGAACAAGUGAAUAUGCUUGAACAGAGUUUUGGGAAUGAGCACAGACUUGAGUCAGAGAGGAAAGACAAGCUUGCUUCGGAGCUAGGACUAGACCCGAGGCAAGUUGUUGUCGGGUUCCAGAACAGAAGGGCUAGAUGGAAGAACAAGAAGCGGGAAGAAGAAUACACUAAGCUCAAGAAUGAACAUGACACUAACAUUGUUGACAAAUGUCGUCUUGAAAAUGAGGUUUUGAAGCUAAAGGAGCAGCUGUCUGAAGCAGAGAAGGAGAUACAACGGUUGUUGAUGGAGCGAUGCGACGGCGUUCCGAGCAAUAGUCCAACUACUUCAUCACUCUCAAUGGAAGCAAUACGCCUCUGGGAAUUUGGAUUGGGUAAUGGAUUUUAUGCCCCUGAAAACACUUAUGCUCAGGGAUUGGAAUGGGUUAACUUGUACAUGCAAUAUCACAUGUGA